GGACCUCGUUUUUUUUUUUCGGUCUCAUCCGAAAGAUCACCCCAUUUAGUCACCUCUUUCCACAAGCAAGGGGAAAUGAGGACCAAUUCUAACCCGGAUCGCCACUGGAAUCCAGUAUUUGAAAAUAUAUUACCAGGCUAGUGCAUCAUGAUGUGAACUAGGAUCAUUUUUCAAUACGGUAUUGAAGUGGCACAAUACACGCUGGAACCUUGAAGGAACCGCUAUGUGAUAUUCUAUAAACUCUCUGGAGUUAUAUCUUUGACAAGGACCACAAUAGCAAGGAAUGCGUCAAAUAUUUUCUUACCUGUUCAAGAGUUCACCUGGGGCGCAUGAACCAAUCAAAAAGCCAGGUUUUGCACCACGUGACUCCACUGAGAAUAUGGACUUGUCAUAUCAGUGAAAAGGUGUACGUACAUAGCAGUGUUGAACACAUCGAUCGAUUGGGAGAUCUAUAAUUUCUUGGGAAGACUAUAAAUUGUGUCAGGAACAUUGUUGUCGUUAUGGAGUAAUGGAUCACUUUACACCAGAGUCUUGUAUCAUAAUGCAAGAAACGAGUAUCGAAAAAUAAGACUUUGACAACACGGAAAUAAACUUCACAAGGUGAGACCUUCAGUUUAUACAGGCUCCGGACGUUUUAAUUUUUAAUACGAGUAUGCAGGUGUAAAGGCAGGAGAGAGAGACUAACGCCACAUGUCAGUUGCAAGUUUGUUUUAAGCUCAGAAUGUGAAUGGUUUGCUACAAGUAGAAUGAACCUAUUUCAACUUUAAAUUGUUGUGAACCAAAAUGAGUUUGUUCAGUUGGAAAAAGAACCUGUCAAUUAGUGACAAAGAACCUAAUUAUAAAGUUCGUUACCUUGGAAACGUUCAGACGACAUUGAUGCGGGGAGAUGGUUGUGUGGAUAAACCAGCUCACGUUAUUUGGAAUAAUCAUCUUCGCCAUACAAAUCCCGGGUUAGAAAUGAAACUUACGAUUUCAAGUUCUGGAUUACGGGCGCACACAAAGGAACAAGGAAUGACGGAAUACAGAGCACAUAGGAUAUCCUAUUGCAUAGCACAUCCUAAGUAUCCCAGGCUGUUUGUCUGGGUCUACCGACAUGAAGCCAAGAGAAUGAAACUAGAACUUCGAUGUCAUGCUGUGCUUUGUAAAACGGAAGCCAAAGCCAAAGCAAUGGCCGUGCAGUUACAUGAAAAACUGAAAUUCGCGCUCAAAGAAUUCAUGCGAGAAAAGACGAGAAAACAGAAUUCCCGCUUAGUAUUACAACGAACAAAAUCGGUACCCCAGUCUGGGGAGGUGUUGCCUAAGAGGACUCAGAUUCUUAGCACUGGCAAGAACUUCAAACCCCCGAUUUCAAAAUCAAAUACGGCUCCGCGACUGGGUGCAAUAAGUGAAGAUCUGGAGCAGGACGAAGUCCUGGAGGAGGAGUGCGAAAGUGACGUGGAAGACAGUGACGAUAGCAAAUCGGAACCGGAUACCGUAAACGCCUUAACUCUGGCCAAGGAAUCGGGUGCCCGGAGUCCGAGAGAAUCGGACUAUAACGGAAUCGAAAUGUUAGUUCCUCGUGUCAUUGACCUAGAGAUCGGUAAUGAUUUAGAGGAAUUGAAAAAUGACAAUGAUGUGCAGUAUUGUUUGAUAAAUGGCGAUUCUGACGAUGAGAGUUCGGAAUCAGGAUUUCACGAGCAGGAUCAGGAUUCUAAAGACGGACUCAAUGUUAAUGACGACACUAGUCUUGGAGAAGAAGAAGUGUGCGACUACCCUUCCGGUUUGAUGAACCAUGUCUCCGAGGCAACGGAAGUGACUUCUCUAUGAUGUUAUCGCCAGUGCUUAAAAAUUGCAGUUUGUGAUAAUACGAAGAUGAUGGACGAUGAUAAAUCGCACCAGAUGUCAAGGAGAGACUCUCACUCCGACUUCCUGAACACAAGUUCUACCAAGGAUCUGAAAUCACCACUUGUUACGUUUUGUAUGCAUUAUAUGUUGAGGUUUUUUUGUUAUUAUAUUUUUUUCAUAUUGUUAGCCCAACCAUUGCUGUGUACUUGUAAAUGUAAUCAAAGUCUUUCAUACUGCAUAUACAGGUAGAAAUGGAGACAUCACGGUAUCAUAAUGUAAAAGUCAACAGGACGCACCACUGUAGAUAAUGAACGUUUAUAUAUUUUUUCAUUACGGAGUAACAUUGCAGAUAUUGAAAAUUUUCUUUGCUACUUGUGGAAUAUCGUGAGAGAUAUGAUAAAAGAAAUAAUAUACUCGCGUAGUAUCUCAGAACUAAAACAACAUACCCGAUACAUUACUUAUAUUGUACUAUAAAUCACUAAUAUGUAACACUAGCUAAGAUAUUAUUUUUGAUACACGCCACUAAGUUUUAUACUGUAUAGAUCUACUUGGGUUUUAGUUGUUGUUGUUAUAACAUGUACCAUGGAGCAAUUAUAUUUUUGCAAAUAUUGCUUAUUUUUUGGAGAGAAAAAAUCACGUAUGAGGACAAAAAAUAUAAGAAUCGGACUAAUAGCUCAGACAAUCAUUUCUAUUUCAUUAGCUACACGUAAGGUGUAUUUACCACGUGCGUGUAAAGAUAUAAACUAAAUUGUGCAUGUAUAGAUAUAAACUAAAUUGUGCUCAUAAGCCGUAGAGGAAGAUACACCGUACAAAAUCUGUCUAUUCAAAAUGGGGAUAAGGAAACUAUAGCAAUGGUUGAAUUACGAGGCAAUAUUGAAGGUUAACCGAGUGAUUGUGUUACUGUCUAAACCCUUUUGAUCUCCUUCACGUAAAGGCAUGUCUCAUCAUCCGGUGCAGUUCAAAAUUUGAAUCACAGGAGUUAAAGGGGGUAUUUAGGCCAUCCUGGGCUCCUUUGGCUGACAGACAUCUCUCUAGGUUUCUUUUACUGGCAGACGACAUCUAUCGGUGUUUAUGUUCCUGCCUAGACUAUAAACCGUCUGACCCUGACUUUUAUCUGGCCUCUGUGCCAGGACAGAAACGCGCGAUCUCUUGUCGUUCGCGGAGCGGAUGAAUACAAAUAUUUACCAAACUAUACAGAGAUUUUGUAAUUACUGAUGAAAAUAACCUAUGUACACAGUCUUGUUGAUAAUGGAAAGUAUCGUUAAGAUUUCAACUUGUUAACAAGAAUUUACAUGAUAAACGGUUAUAAACAUUGAGAGUGUCACUUCCUCUUUCGCUCAAAACAGUUGAUUUGCGUACAUAUUGAUAUUAUGUUCUACCAGUAACAUGUUUUUUAAACAGUUGUGUACAUAUAUUUAUGAGUAUUUUUUUCCAAAGUUUAUCAGUAGCAAUUUACACUAUCCCUUUUUUAACUGAAGGACCAGAGUGAUUGCAUGAUGAUGAUAAUGUUACGAAAGUAAAAUUCAUUGAGAUGUCUAUACUAGUAUUUUUAAUUAUCUAAAUUAAUUAAUCAAGAUUAUAUCACUUUGGUUUUAAGAAUAAAACGCCUGAUGAAAGAAA